AUGGACUUCACCACGGAGGAACUUCUUCUGAAGCUGCAAGAGUCUGGUAUUAAUGUUACCGAGGAGGAAGCACAGAGAUUCAGAGAGCAUGAAGUUGACGGUGAAGCCUUGGAGUGUGGUCUGACUGACACAAUGAGUACGACCAACCCACCUGAGAAAGUGCCCUACCAUCCUUACCUGGCGCUCCUAGGAUAUACAAUGUAUCCUACAAAUGCAGAAUAUGUCCAAGUGGUGAAAGCACUUAUCCUAAAGUAUCCAUUCCUAGCAGACAAAGGAGGAAAUGGCUAUAAUACCUGGCAUCAAUCCCUGAAGCGCAAAUUUAAAUUGGAGCGUGCACCUUUGAUUCAUGAAAACGAAGUAAAGAAAAGUAAGGAGAAGUUUGGAAGAAAGCGAACCAGAGAGUUGACAGAAUGUGACAGACCCAGCAGACGAGCAUCCUCUGAGUUUCCAAGUGUAAGCGGUGAAGAUGCCUCCUCUAUAGAGCAACAUGUUCGUGUCCUUCAUGUGCAGUAUGAGAAGGUGAACCCCGAUGCUUCAUUGGUAGAAGACCGUAUGCAGCGUACAUUUUCUUGGCGCCGGAAAGAAAUUAUAGGUGGGAUGACAGUGGUGGAUGUUCUUAAGAAAUACCCCUUCCUGAGAUCUCCCAGAGAGCUAUGCACCGAAAUGGACAGGAUGCAUCCAGUAAAUACCAUUUUGUGUCAACGCUGGCGACAGAAUUUGACCAAAAUUGUGCCUAAAGUGAUCGAGUUGGCCCAAGGAAAAAGUCCACUGACCAAAGUACAUUCUGCUGCCAGGGAGGACAUUCUGGCAGACGACCUACAAGAUGUUGACUUCAGAGCAGCACUAAUUUUGCUGCCCACGCUCUUCAAAGAGAAAACCGAACGAUUAUUUAAGACUGACGCCAUCUGUCCAACUCCCUACCCAACUGUACAGCUGAGUGACAGGGACUGGGAGACCAUCUUAACGAGGAGGGUCCCAGUUUCUGUCGUGGUGGAUGGUACAGAAGUGUGUCAGGGAACAGGAGUUGAAGAAGGAAUAAUAGCAGCCUUUAGUUCCUACUACGUUUUCAAUUUAGCUUAUCCCCCUUAUCUGAAGAACACCCUGACCUUUCUCCAACGUGUGGUACUGAACAUUUCAGAGGUUGGUGAGAAACCCCUACCCAUCACUGUCACUCGCAUGAUCAACCUGCUCUACUAA